AUGGCCUCUCCUGCACGCCGCCCUCUGACCAACAGUGGGAGAGUCACGGUGCCUGUGGUCAUCUGCAUUAUCCUGGGGUCCCUGCUCUGCCUGGUGUUAAUCAUCCUAGGUGCACAGGUGCGAAGUGCCAGGGCACAGUACAGAGGCUCCAGAAGAUCCUUGGACCCUUUCUCUGAGGCCGUGUACGAGGAGAUCGAUUAUAACCUGAUGAGAAAGAAGCAGGAAAUGUUUGAUCGCUCAGUCUCCUAUUCAGAUGAGUCAGUGACGAAGCUGCAGUAUUACACCGGGGACAGCGAGGGGGAAAACGAUCCUGGAUCAGAACAAGAGGGAGAUUACCCAGGGGGGUCUCGGUUGGAUUACAACAACGUGGAGGAGCCUGCCUUGAACAACGUCCCCCAGACUCCAGACAGUCGAGAGGUCCCGGUCCUGCCUGGAGAUGACCCAGGGGACGGUUAUGAUGAUGCCAGAGAAAUUUCUGACCCUGAAGAUGACCCUGGUUCUGGACUGAGAGCCCAGGAAGUCACUGGGGCCCAUGGGGGAAGUGUCAGGAACUGGGAUUCACAGACAGGCUGGAGUCUGCACACGCUAAGAAGUGAAGGGGCCUCUGGGGCAGAGAGUGAUGCCCUGUCCCCACCUCCUCGUGACCCAGGUUAUGAUGAUGUUGGUGAUGGCGUCUCUGGGACAUCAAUAUAAGAAUGGCUGUGUUCAGAUCAAAUAUCCUGGGUGGAUGUAAAUGCUGUAUGGUUAAACUUUUCCUCUCCCAAAUGCUCAUUGGGCAAUGGGGGUAUUGGAGACAAUCCCUGCCUGGGAACUACUUCAAUUAGCUUUUUUAUUUCAGUUUUGUUUAAAUGCAAGAAAUGUGUGUGACUGAGACAGGCGCUGUGAUUUCCCCUCUAAUUUCCCAUUGAUCAGACAGUCUGGAACUUCCCUGCUUUUUUGUUCCUAACAUUUCUUCAUUGUGAAUUUUUGCUUUUUCU